AUGGCAGUUUGAAUGCAGGCGAGGGCGGCUUGUCAUCACACAGUUCAGCUGCAAUUAAACACGCUACGAUGUAAGGAAGUAACAAGCCGCCAGUGUCGUCAACAUUCUGGAGGCGAGUUAGUAUUCUUCCUUAUUUCUCGCUGAACAUUUAUCGGAGUCUGCCACUUAUGCUGUUUACAGAAUCUUAAUUGUUUGACCUGUGCAGUAUAUGUCGGGUUACGGUGUCCGGUUCGGCAGUAAUGUAGGUGGACGGCUUUUAUUAGUUAGUUGAAGCGCUGGAAGUUUUGUCUGGAAAGCAUGGCAGGAUUUUUCCCAUGUUGGAAAUUACUCCGCUCUGGAGCACAACUAGGGUGUUUUGAACCAGAUCUUUAUCAUGCUCUACUGUGCAGUGUGACAUGCUGAUGCAUGUCUGUGUGUUUAAAGAAUGAAUGUCAUGAACAGCAAGGUGACAAGCUACCAGGAUGAAGCGGUCUGCACUUUGCAAAUUUACCCCAGAUUUGCCAUCAAACCUGGGCAAGGCUGCAUCCUCAGGGUCCCAAAAGAGGCAACAGCAACCACUGUCAUCAAGACCGCUGUCGCCACACUUGGCAUGGACACGUCCAAGCCUUACAUCCUUGUGGAGGUCCAGGAGUACGGUGGAGAGGAGUGGGUCCUUCAAGCCAGCGAUCAGCCUGUUCAAAGGGUCCUUCUCUGGCCUAGAAAGGCCCAAGACAAGCACCCUCAAAGUGAUGGAUACUUUUUCGCCCUUCAAGAGGGAAGCUAUGAUGGAUCCAUCCAGUAUGAUGUUAUGACAUCUGUCCGACAAGAAAAAGUAGCUCAGGGACUUGCAAAUCGAGGUUUUGUCACGCAACAGCCUCAGGAAUACGAUGAUUUAUGUAAUCUCCCCGAGCUGACGGAGGAGAGCAUCUUGGGAACCCUACGGCAUCGCUUCCACAAGCAGAAGAUCUACACAUUUGCGAGCAACAUUCUUAUCGCGGUCAACCCCUUCAAGUUUCUCCCCAUCUACAAUCCCAGAUAUGUCAAGAUGUAUGAGAACCACACGCUAGGCAAGCUAGAACCUCAUGUCUUUGCCAUUGCUGAUGCUGCCUUCCACACAAUGCUGAACAAACAGGUCAACCAGUGCAUCGUCAUCUCCGGUGAGAGUGGUUCUGGUAAGACGCAAAGCACCAACUUCCUUAUCCACUGCCUGACUGCCCUCAGCCAGAAGGGCUAUACUAGUGGAGUGGAACGAACCAUCCUGGGGGCAGGCCCUGUGCUUGAGGCCUUUGGAAAUGCUAAAACAGCAUACAACAACAACUCAAGCCGCUUUGGGAAGUUCAUUCAAGUGAAUUAUCUGGAGAGCGGCGUUGUGAGAGGGGCUGUUGUUGAGAAAUACUUACUGGAGAAAUGCCGCCUAGUGUCCAGAGGAAAAACUGAAAGGAAUUACCAUGUUUUUUACUACCUUUUGAUUGGAGCCUCAGAAGAGGAGAAAGAUGAGUUCAAGCUCCUGCGUCCUGAAGAAUACCACUACCUCAAAGAAGAAAUCCCAAUUUCGGAGGAUCAAGCAGAAAUGAAGCAUGAAUUCAGGAGACUUCAUCAGGCCAUGGAGAUGGUUGGUUUUCUGCCUCCAACCAAAAAGCAGAUAUUCUCUGUGCUCUCUGCCAUUCUAUACCUGGGAAAUGUGACGUAUGAGCCAAAAGUUGUUGCCGAGGGGCUUAAAGUUGGGCCAGAUCGUGUCCUUUCUGCUAUCUCUGACCUUCUUAAGGUUAAAGUGGAGCUGCUUGUGGAAGCACUGACUACUAGGAAAGCAAUGACUGCUAAUGACACGCUAAUCCUGCCUUAUAGCCUCAGUGAGGCCAUCACUGCCAGAGACUCUAUGGCCAAAUCUCUGUACAGUGCCCUGUUCGACUGGAUUGUCCUGCGAAUCAACCAUGCUCUACUUAACAAGAUAGAUUUGGAAGAGUCUGUCCCGUGCCUAUCCAUUGGUGUCCUGGACAUAUUUGGAUUUGAAGAUUUCAAGACGAACAGUUUCGAACAGUUCUGCAUUAAUUAUGCCAAUGAACAACUACAGUAUUACUGCAAUCAGUGCAUAUUUAAGCUUGAACAAGAAGAGUACAUGGCAGAGGGAAUCAUAUGGCACAAUAUUGACUACCCUGACAAUAUUGGCUGCAUCAGUCUCUUCAGCAAGAAACCCACCGGGCUGUUUUAUCUGCUGGAUGAGGAGAGCAAUUUUCCUCAAGCCACAGACAGCACUCUACUAGAGAAGUUUAAGCAGCAGCACCAGAACAACCCGUUCUUUGUGCAGACCCCAGUCCGGGUACCAGCUUUUGUUAUCCGGCAUUUUGCUGGCAAGGUCAAAUACCAGAUAAAGGACUUCAGAGAGAAGAACACAGACCACAUGAGGCCGGAUAUUGUUGCAUUGCUUCGUAGUAGUGAGUGCAGUUACCUGCGGCAGCUGAUCGGGGCUAAUCCAGUGGCUGUGUUCAGGUGGGGCAUCCUUAGGGCCACGAUACGCACCCUGGCUGUGUUUAACGAGGCUGGACGAAGCUGGGCGGAAAAACAUCCAGAUCAGGUCAGGCGCUACUCCAGGCACUCUCUUGGGGAAAUGAAGAGACCCAGCACUGUGGUAGAUAGGCUAAAGAGUCAGGGGGCUUUGAUUGACUUUUCUUUUGAUCGGUCUGAAGAGGGUCCACUCGAAGCCUUUGAGGACAUUUUUGCAACUUUUGAAAAUAAGAAGGAAUUGCAUGCCAAAGUCCUCCAAUCCCUUAAGCAGUUUGGUGGUGAAGUUCCUCAAAAGUUGCGUCUAUCCACAAUUUCUGUGAGGAAGUCUCGUCUCUUCUUUCAGAAGAACAGGCCAAACAGACACAAGCAGCUUAUUCCUAAGAAUCUCAUAGAUUCACACUCUCUGAAGUUUAUUAUGGGCCUGACGCAGCACAAUCGGGCGACCAGGUCGCUGCUCCGUCUACACACCAAGAAGAAACCUCCAAGCAUCAGUACUCAGUUCCAGGCAUCACUAAGCAAGCUGUUGGAAACCCUGAGGAAAGCAGAACCGUUCUUUGUCCGCUGUAUCAGAUCAAAUGGUGAUAAGAGGGAAAUGCACUUUGAUGAUGCUCUAGUCCUUCAGCAGCUGAGGUACACCAGCAUGCUACAGACGGUUCGGAUAAGGAUGUCUGGGUAUGGAGCCAAAUUCACCUUCAAGGAGUUUACAGAUCAGUUCAGAGUGCUGCUACCAAAGGAAAUAUCAACACCUCAACAGGACAUCACCAACCUGCUGACCAAGAUGGGAUUACCCAGCUCUAGUUUUCAGAUUGGCCGAACCAAGGUGUUCUUGAAAGAGUCAGAAAGACAAAUACUUCAAGAAGCCCUUCAUAAAGAAGUAAUGAGGAGCAUCAUCAUCCUGCAGAGAUGGUUCCGUGCCUGUUUGAUGAGGAAACAAUAUUUGCGCGAGAGGGAAGGAAUUAUAACCAUACAGCGAUCGUGGCGUUAUUUGCGGCAGACAUACCGAAGCAGAGCAGCUAUUGUGAUCCAGACUGCAUGGCGAAGGUCCAAGGAGAGAGCUGAAUAUCUGAAGAAGCGAGAAAAUCUCAAAGCACAAAUAUCUCAGACAGAGCUGGGCCAGUUGAACAAGACUGAGGAAAAGAAGCCAAGUCUGCCAAAGCCACAACCUCUACUGCCUGAUGAAUCCUGCACACCUGAACGAAAGAAGACAGAGGAGCUGAGCCCGCAGUCAAACACAGGGACCAAGCCUAAGGUCACAAUACAUCCGACUAGAAUCACAAAGCAACUCAGCAUCAAUGAGGAUCAACUCGUUCAAGAUGAUAAAGACUAUAUUGGCAAUAAAGAAAGACAACCAUCUCCUGCAGGCCUCCCUCGGCCUGUGUCUCUUCCACUGAACAUGAGCCAAAGUGGUUCUGAUAAAACUCAAAAUAAUGUACACCUACAAUGUCACAACAGGACAACCAGGUUGAAGGAGAAGCCUGAGAAAUGGAAGGAGAGGAGGAGGGAAGUAGCACAUAUGGAGAAUGUCAGUGCUGAGAUGCUACGACUUCAAAGCCUGAGAAAAUCGGGUUUACGGACCCAGUCCCUGGAUAAUGUGUCCAGAAUGAGUUCUUCAGAGUCGGACAGCUCAUCCUCAUCAUCCAAAAAUGAGAUCCAGUCACCUGUAGAAUCUGAGGGGUGCAUAAGUAUCACAAGAAGAACAAGUGAAGUAAUCGCACCGUCCAGCACACCAGAAAGGCGGGGAUUCCUAAAAUAUUUUAAAAGGCGCCUGACACCCCAGGAUGGGAAUGUAACUAUGGCGAAGACAUUGGCAGAAAAAGAGGAGCUAGCCAGUGGCUCUCACUCCUAUUCUCCACGUGUCAAGAACUCAGCCACUUUUCCUGGACCCCGUCGCAACCCCACCAUUAAAAUCAGCCGAGCUACUCGUGUCCAGGAGAAGUGGAAUGCUUCGCUGGACAGAGAGAUCACUGACAGUAAUGAACUUCACCAUUUGGAUGAGUUCUUGGGAAAUCAGAUGAACGAUCUAAGCACCCGCUCAAAGGUACUCUCAGAAACGGAGAAAAUCUUCUUUUUAGCCACCACGCAGUUCAGAGACACCAUCAAAAGCAUGUACUCCAUAUCAAAUCCCAAUAUCGGCUAUAAGGACCUGAUGUCAGGUUACCAGAAGAGGGUAGCCAGUCUCGCAGGGCUCAAGAAAGCAUCUGAGGUGCCGCUGGUGGUAAAUCUUUUUCAGUCAGUUCUGGAUGGAUUUAUCAGGGGGGAGCUCAAACGACUGGAGACAGAGCCUUGCAAGGUUAAGGAGAGGAAUAGAAGAAAAUCUAAAAGAGAUAAAUGUCCUGACGGCCCACUGGGUCACUUAUUUAGCACAUACCAGGUGACUAUAAUGCAAUCAUGUGACCAGUGCAGCUCAUACAUAUGGGGAAUGGAAAAGGCCUUCAUGUGCAGCUCUUGUAAAAUGGUGUGUCAUAAGAAGUGUCUGAGCAAGAUAACUGUAAAUUGCACGGGUCACUGUGACAGGAAGAAAGAGGGUGAGCAGACCCUCCACUUUGGUGUACCGCUCUGUGCCUUGGUCCGCACAGCUGACUCUGUACCCUUUGUCAUGGAGAAGAUGCUGGUACAUGUCGAAAUGAACGGACUGUACACAGAGGGCAUCUACCGCAAGUCUGGCUCAGCCUGCCGAGCCAAAGAGCUUCACCACAUUCUAGAGAAAGAUCCACAGGCUGUCAGUCUUGACAAUUACCCCAUCCACACAAUCACCGGCCUGGUCAAACUGUGGUUACGGGAGCUACCCGACCCACUUAUGACAUACAGCCUCUACAAUGACUUCCUGUAUGCUGCGGAUCUGCCAGAAGCAUCUGAGCGGUUGCGUGCUAUCUACCGAAAGUUGGAUGAACUACCUCCCUCAAACUUCUCUACUCUCGAAAGGCUUAUUUUUCAUCUUGUGAAAGUGGCAAAAGAGGAAGCUCACAAUCGAAUGUCAGCUAACGCUCUGGCUAUCCUGUUUGCACCCUGCAUUCUACGCUGCCCAGAUUCUUCUGACCCUCUUCUCAGUAUGAAAGAUAUAAACAAGACCACUCUUUGUGUGGAAAUUCUAAUUAAUGAGCAAACAAGGUGCUAUAAUCAGAAAAUGGAAGAAAUUCAGCAGUUGGAAAAUGCAGAAGCUAUGGCCAUUAAUCAGCUCAAGCUCAGAAGGCAGAGCACGAUAUUUGAGCGGCCAAAAUUACAUUCAGAUGUCGCCUCAGUGGACAAAGAAUUCGAAAAAAACCUGCUUGAGAGAAUCAAGUCCAUUAAGAAGGAAAAGAACGAAUUGGCCUUCAGACUACCUGAGUUUGAACAGGAUAGCUCUGACGCUGAGAACAUGGACUCAGAAUCAUUAGUCAGCUCUGAGAGUCUACUAGAAGACCAUUUUGUGAGUUUGAACUCGGAAGCAAACACUGGCUUUAACAGCUCCAAGCCAGAGAAACCUGCUAAACCUCCUGAUCCAACACGGGAUCCUAAAACAGGGAGCAAACCGCCUGCUGAAGAGUUGAGCCAAAACCGCUCUGCCUCACACCGAGAUGGAGUCCAGUCCAUGUGUGUCAUCCAGAGCCAAGACGUCCCAGAAUCCCUCGCCGCCUCCUUUUCUGCAGGCAAUCAGGGCAAGAGACGGUUUUCAGACCUUGACAUUCCUUUUAUAGAUGAGGAUGUUUGACAUUGUUACACCAAAAAAAAAACAUAUUCUAAAAUCUGUGCAAAUGUUUCUUUCCUGCAACGGUUCAAGCAACAGUCGGUAUCCCAUUUCUGACCAUAUCAACACUCACUUUGUUUUGAGGAAUAAAUCAAACGCUUGGU